AUGAGCGACAAUAAAGACCACCACGAAUUGAAACAAAAGCUACAACAGCUGACAGAGGCCCUUUAUGCGUUUUGUGAUGCUAUCAACACGCUAAGAAACGCACGCGAAGGAACGUUGAACAAUCUCUCAAAGUCGACGUCUGGAAAAAGUGAUAACCAAGAUAUGCAAAGACAUGAACGCAGCUUGGAAAGAAGAGAUAGCGAGAAAACCGAAACACAUUCGCCUGGGAAAAGACUACGUCAAUCCUCAGAGGGCGAGGAAAAAGAUUGCACACCGAAAAGAUGCUACCAGCAAUCCGAAAGCGGAGAAUCAGAGUACGAUGCGCGCGGAAGAAGAGAAGCUUUUGAAGAAACAGAAACAAGUUCCGAAACAAGUGCACAUCCAGAAGGCCCAGAACAGCCUAUUUUACAAGUGAGGCCGGAGGACAUGAUACAACAUGUUUCACAAGAGGAACAACUCGUCGUGGAAGUCAUUGAAGUCUUUAACGAGGUGAAUGAGACACGCGAGUUACACGAUGAGGAAGAAGAACGUUUUGUGGAGAUUAUAGAAGAAGAUGAUGAACAAGAUACAGGAAUCAAGCCCCCGAAGAGAGAAAAAGGAACCCAAUUGAAGAGGGAGAGCCUUUUGGUGAAGCCAUGA